UAGUCUGUUGCCUGUGAGUAUAGAAUCACACAUAGCUUGCUGGUUGGAGGGAACAAAGUGAGGAGUUUUGGUUUGUUUUCUGGGUGUUUUUCUCUGUGGUUAGAAAUGAAGAUGUGCAAAACUAUACUUCCUUGUAUUCUAUUAUUGUCAGGGCAAGAUCCUUCCAUCUGCUGUGUCGGUGCAUAUGAGGUGGAAAGGGAGCUUACUUUCCACCUCGUCCCUCACCUACAAAUGCAGUAGUAUUGCAGGAACUCUACUUAGCCCUCUGAUAGGUGCUAGGAGGGGAGGGUGUCCGUCUGAUGCACCAGACUAACACAUGGGAAUAUGGUCUCCUUUUUAGUGCACAUACUGCACUGGAGCACGUGCUAGCUGAGAGUUCAUGCUGUUCCUUUUCAAAGGAGUAGAUUUAGUGGUCAUGAUGGCAGCGGAGGAGACGAUUGUCCCAGACGUGACGGUGAAUACGGUGGCGCCCGUCACGGUGGUGACCGUCCCAAACACGAUGGGGGAGACGGUGGCGCCCGUCACGGUGGUGACUGUCCCAGAUACGCCAGGGAAGACAGUGGCGCCCGUCACGGAGGCUACCAUCACAGAGGCGACCCUCGCAGACACACCGGGGAAGACGGUGGUGCCUGUCACAGAGGCGACCGUCCUAGGCAUGACGAUGACCAUAGUGCUUGGACAUAAAAAAAUCUCAACUUCAGGGCUGCCAUCAGUAAAAAGCUUCUCAAGUUCUACAAUGAAAAUAAGUAGAGAAUCAACGUUCUUUUUCAAGUCUACUGCUAAACAACUAACUUUGGAGGACAAGAAGUUAGUCAGAUCAACCUCUACCAACCUGACUUUUGGGCCAGAUAAAGAACAGCAAACAUCUGAACUAGAGAUAGGGCUCAGCAUUUUCUUUGGGAUACUCCUUAUUAUUGUCAUCAUUGUUUGUUGCUGUAGGUGGAAAAAGUCAAGAAAAAGCUCAUUUGACUUGAACUCAAUAGAAGCAACUAUUCCCUUAAAUACCAUUGAAACAAAAGAACCAAGCUCAGAUGGGGAGAAGAAAUGAAAGCACUCUCACUUAAUAGCCAUUCAAGAAGAUCUCACAAAAAGAACUAAUAUGGCUGAAUCACCAGAGAAAUUAAAAUGGAUUGAAAUUCAAAGAGAUCCACUGGCACUCUCAAUAGUGUAAACUUCUUUUUAAAUGGCACAUUUUGGAGUGUUCUUGAAUCUAGUCAUAGUAAUAAGCAGAUAUUCAUUGGUGCUGGCUGCUACAAAUCUUUAUUCAUUGCCUGUUACUUUUUGGUUGUGGAAAAAAGCUCGCCUUACUUUAAUAUAGUUAUCUAUGGGCCACAUUCCACCAUUUAGGCACAAAUCUGCAUCAGCAUAUGAGGAACUGGGGGAGGCAUAAUCCCUCUCCCAGCUCUCCAGCAUUCAGAAGAAACAUGCCAUGGCCCUUCCUCUUCCUGCCCCAGCCUGCUUCCUUUAGAGGAUUGUGGCCUUUAGGGUGCACAGCAGGAAGGAGUCACGGAGGCAGGCAGUCUUUGUGCUUCCCUGAGUAUAGGGACUGGGGUCUUUCCGGGCCCUUAUGUGGAGCUCCUAAGAAGUGAGGGGAAAACUAUUUAUGCCUCCUGCUCCCACCAAUUCAUCCGUCCAAAAGCCUGUGAAAAUCUAGCCCUUAAUUCUUUGUACAUAGCUUGUUUUAUAAUAAAUGACCUAAGUAAAAGUGAGUCUCAGCACAGUGUAUUUCUAUUAAAUGCAAAAAUGUUACUGAUGCACUGUUAAGAUUGAAAUGUUAUGCUCACUAAAAUCAGAAAAUGUAGAGUUAAGGGACCAGAGCCUCAGCUGGUGCAAACUGACAGCUUCCUUGGCUUCCUUGGAGCCAUAUUGAUUGACACCAACUGAAGAUCUGGUCCCAGGUUUCCAGAGACACUUUUGCACAGUAGGGUUUUUUAUCAUCUAAUCAUAACACGUAUAUAUGCAAUAACACAAAAUGUUGUAUUUGUUCAUAGAGUGUUAUAAAAGAAUGUGUAGUUUUAACAUGGAAGCCUACAAUCCUGUAUACCAUGUUUACAGUUUUACAAACACAAUGUAAGAACACAAUGCAGCUUAUUUCCUUGGUAUGAAGUUAUUUGCUAAAUAGUGUUAUUUCAAUCAGGGUUGUAUGAUCCUAGACAGAAUAACCCUUUUCAAAUAUAUGGGCCUGUCUGCUUCUCCUCUCACACCUGUAUAAAUCAAGAAUUUCUCCACCGGAGCUAAUGAAGAUUCACGUGUGCAAAAACUAGUAUAAAUGCAUAAUCAGGCCCCUAAAUGUGCAAGCUUUAAAUUGGGAACUCUUUAGAGUAGAAUUGUGGUUUUCUUUUAUCUCAUUCAGCCCCUGUGCUUAAAAAUAGCAAUAAUCAAUAAAAAGGUGACAGUUAAGGUUGGGAAUCUUGCAUUUCCUGAAUUUCAUAGUACAAUCUAAGGGCCUUGUUCCACUACCCUACUCUGAGUGGGUAGCACUUAUUUACUUACUGAUGUCAAUGGAACGACUCAUGUGAGUAAGUACUAUGCAAUGUGAGUGCAGAAUCCAGCACUUAGUAGUCGCAUACUUUAGUCUCAGUAUACUAUGUAAAGUUGGCAUAUUAAUAAAGUGGCAAGGUGAGGCAGCAUGACCCAAUGGGUAUGGUACUAACCCAGCAUUUGGGAGAGCUGGAUUCAAUUCCCUGUUCUACUACAGACUUCCUGGGUGGCCUAUAGUCAAGCUAGUUAGCCUCUCUAGGCCUCAGUUCCCCUUAUAUAAAACAGGAAUAAUAGCAAUUCCUUAUCUCACAAGGAUGUUGUGAGGAUAAAUACAUUAAAGAUUGAGGUGCUCAUGUAACAGGUGCUUUUACAAGUACCCUACCCAGAAAAUCUAAUAGGUUUUGGCGUGUUUCCAAAUCUGCUCAGGCAUGAUAUCUUCCUUCUUAAUAAUAAUAUGGACUUGAGUUAUAUCAGCCUUCAACCAGUAAUCGACAUUCUAUGAGGAUGCAAAAUCUAAAGCAUGAGGGGAAGAGAAGAUGAAACCUAAUUCAGCACCAUUGAGGGCAAAGGGAAUUUUACUAUUGACUUCAGUGGAUCAGGAUAAGACUGAUAACACAGACGGGUAAUUGAAAAUGUAGGCCACUUUUUUUCCUAUGUGCUUAACGAAUGGGAACUAAAAUCUUCCUUUUGUGUAAACAUGAUCUGAGUUAAGGAUGAGCUCAUUACAAGAAUUCUGUUUCAUGCCAGUCUUACUAAGAAUUGCAAUUAUAAUUACAUUUUCAUUUCCACAAAAAGAAUAAUAAACUCUGAAUUUUGGAAGAGCAA